AGUGGAGUUCAAGUUCGAGAAGAGAACCUAUAUUUUGCCGGUCGAAAAAUGCGGCGGAGACACAAGAACCGUCUUCACCUAUAAAGUGACUCGGAUCAUGGGUCAAGCGAAGAUAAACCGGUCGAAUAAACCCAAGCCCGAAGCUGAUCGGUCGGCCAAAGAUGCAACGGAACGCCACCAACACUGCCGGUCAGAUCAAUAUCGAGAUGGGAUAAAUGUGGAACUCAUUUAUCCGCUUAAAAGCGUUAUUAGUCUGGUCGACAAGAAUGGCGAGAUCUUUGAGGUGACUGUAGAACAAUGCAGAGGAAUUUGGGUUCAGCUCGUCGGAAUCUCCAACGGUUUAGUGUGUAUUUCUCCACAUGAAGAUGAAGACGUUGUUUCUUUGUAUAACCCAACCACCAAAGAAUCCAAGCUAUUAUUACCUCAGUCUGUGCCUUCCAGGUAUAGAGAAAAUUUCCAGUCUUAUGGAUUUGGCUUCGAUCAUCUCACCGAUGAUUACAAAGUAGUGAAGCUUGUUUCUGAUAGGCACAAUUUUCUCUACGCUUGCGUCUACUCCUUGAAGUCAAACUCGUGGAGAUGGAUCUGUGAUUUGAGUUAUCAACGCAUCAACCGCUCCCGUCGUCCCGGUGUGAAUCUAAACGGUGUAAUCCACUGGGUGGUGUUCACUCGUGGUAAUCACAAGCAGAGAUUGAUAUUAGCAUUUGAUAUUAUAACCGAAGAGUUUCGAGAGAUGCCUUUUCCUGAUGAAGAAGCGGAGGAUUGUCCGAAUAGUUUCAAAGACUUUGUGGUCGGGAAUCUCAACGAACGUCUAUGCGUGGUCAAUAGUUGCCGGGAGUUGUUGCAUGAUGAUAUUUGGGUGAUGAAUGAGUUCGGUGUAGCAAGUUCAUGGACCAGAAUCCGGAUCAGCUUGUUGCACAGGUUGAUGAAACCGGUGUGUACUUCGACCAAGAACAGUGCGGAGGUUCUUCUGGUGCUUCUUGGAGGAGACAUGGUGUUGUACAAUUUUGAGCGUUUCCAUGUCGAAAAUACGUACGUAGAGAGCCUCAUAUCGCCUAACUCGUAUGGUUUUGACAACUGAGGAAAUCACCUUGGUUCAUAACUUAUAAUCGCCUAGAUAUAUAAUCGUGGUGGCUCCAUCAUGAUUCAAACUAGAUAUAAUCAUGUUAUAUAUAAACAUAACUUACAAGUAAAAUCAUAGAUUCACGUUGUGCAAUACUAAUAAUUUAUGUUUUCAGGA